UGUGAAUUAUGUGGAAAAAGUUUCUCUGGAAAGAGUGCUUUGUUGUGCCACAUGAGAACUCACACUGGUGAGAAACCGUACUCCUGUGUUACAUGUGGAAAGAGUUUCAAUCAGCGUAGUAGUUUGUUUAGACACAUGAAAACUCACACAGGUGAGAAGCCACAAUCCUGUGAAACAUGUGGAAAAAGUUUCAGUUUAAAGGGUAAUUUGUUGCGCCACAUGAGAAUUCACACAGGUGAGAAACCAUACUCUUGUCAAACAUGUGGGAAACGUUUCAGUCAAACAAUAGUUUUUUCCUACCACUUGAGAACUCACACAGGUGAGAAGCCACAAUCCUGUGAAACAUGUGGAAAAAGUUUCAGUUUAAAGGGUAAUUUGUUGCGCCACAUGAGAAUUCACACAGGUGAGAAACCAUACUCUUGUCAAACAUGUGGGAAACGUUUCAGUCAACACAAUAGUUUUUCCUACCACUUGAGAACUCACACAGGUGAGAAGCCACAAUCCUGUGAAACAUGUGGAAAAAGUUUCAGUUUAAAGGGUAAUUUGUUGAGCCACAUGAGAACUCACACUGGUGAGAAACCGUACUCCUGUGUUACAUGUGGAAAGAGUUUCAAUCAGCGUAGUAGUUUGUUUAGACACAUGAGAACUCACAUAUGA